CUGCGUCUGCCACGUGAGAAGUCUCAAGUCUGAAACCUGUGUGGCUCUGUUGCUGUGAGAUUCAGAUUUUGCAAAAUGUGAAUAGUUAAAGCACGAAUAAUGAUUAAGUUUCCUACAAAAUCGGUUGUAUCUCCCUUUUUUUUAUUUUUUUAUUGAAGUGUUUGUGUUUCAUGUCACUGUCACUGCUGUAGAAUGUAGACAACUUGUCUGACAAAUGUGUAUAAUUUAAGUUCUUUUGAUCAAGAAAGUUUUGGAAUUUAAACCACACAUAGAAUCACGCCUUAAUUUAUCUAAAAUUCAUUGUGACAGGUUCAAUUAGGAUAAAGUAAUAUGUGUGAGGGGGCAAUAGAUGAAGUAAUUGAAAUGGUCUACAUUGGUGAACACCGGUGAACAUAUGACAUCUAGGAAGAAAUCUGCGAUUCAAUUUUUCCUGACUAAAAUAUUGGAAUUGUACUACACAAAUUUAAGUAAUUGCUUUUCUAUACUAAUAAUAUCUAAUGUGAAAUUUUUUAAUACCAAUCAAGUAAUGAUGCAUUGACGUUUGAUCCAUGAUCUCAAUUGGUUGUCAACCCCCAACAAAAGAUUACCUAAACUAGAAUCAUCAUUCUAAAACCAAAACCUGAUGAGUGAUGACUGAUGACAAUUCCAUCCCGUCAAGUUGACAUUCCGUUUGUUUGGAGGAUCCGGCCAUUUCUUCAUCACCCAGUCUUCCUGAUAUGGUUUUCCCCUUUCCUCGUUUCACGACGGGGACAUCCUUUUGUCUUAUUAUUCCUCAUUUUUUUUUCAGGUACCGUUGGAACCGUUCGUCGAGUCUUCAGACUCAUUUUCGUUCUUCCCAGCAGUCAAGUGUGUUACCAUAUGCUGCGAAAAAAUGUGUUGCAGUGUAGAACCGACACUGAGCAGUAUAUUAACUAUAAUAGUGGACUUUUUCCAGAAAGAUUUCGGGAUCUUUUUCACCUAACUUCAAUUCACAAAGACGGCUAAACCAGCAUUGCUUAGUCUCUAUAAUUACGUGGUAAACGUUCAGAUAUUGGAGAGCGUUAGAAAUUUCUAAAGGCGAAAAGCGCAAUGCAAAUAAAAGCGUCUCCGUCGGUCACUCGUUAUGGCUUGCUAUUACUGUUGACCAUUCAGAAUACGGCCACAGUUCUCUGCAUGCGGGCCUCGAUGAUCAACGCUUCGGCGGCCAAUCAAAAGUACCUGGUGUCUACCUUGGUCCUCACCAUGGAAACCAUCAAAAUCACUCUGAUUACGGCCCUGAUUGUCGUCACCGAAUCGAAUUUCUCCGUCAUAGAAGCGGCCAAACUCUUGUACAAAGAAAUCCUGUGCCGGCCGCUGGAGGCCUUGCCUUUGGCCGUGCCCAGUUUCCUCUAUGUCGUCCAGGACAAUUUGAUUAUUUACGCCCUGUCGUGUGUCGACGCCACCACCUACCAAGUAACGUAUCAGGCUAGAAUAUUGACGACGGCCUUGUUCGCCAGGAUUUUACUCAAUCAAGUCAUAUCAGUCCAAAGGUGGCUUUCCCUGUUGUUGCUCAUGUCGGGAGUCAUUCUGACUCAGGUUCACUUCCAUCAGGAGAGUGGGGAUUUGAGUUUCCGGUCUAAUAAAGAUGACGCGACUUAUUGGCUGGGCCUUUUGGCCAUCGGAUGCGCCACAAUGACCAGCGGAUUCGCCGGCGUCUACAACGAGAAGAUCAUCAAAAACGGACAGCAGCCGCUGCUGCUCAUCAGAAGUUUCCAGCUCAGUUUGUUUUGCGUUUUCUUUGCCUUGAUGGGCGUCGUGAUCAAGGACGGCGCCGUCGUCAUUCGCCAAGGCUAUUUUCACGGCUACACUCCAUUCGUGUGGCUCAUAGCCGCCAUGCAGGCUGUGGGCGGGAUACUCGUGGCCGGAACGAUGAAAUACGCCGACAACAUUUUGAAAACGUUCGCCACUGCCAAUUCGAUCGCCCUGUCAUGCGUCCUCUCCCAUUUUCUACUGGGCGACGACGACACUUUUACUCCAACUUUCCUCAUCGGCACUUGCGUCAUCAUCUUGGCCACUUUUCUUUAUUCCGCCAAUUCUGUGCCCCCCAAAAAUUGAAAUGCAAUUAAUCAAUUCCGAGUGAGUUUUCACUGGAAUUGAUAUCAUCAAAUAACCUGUGAUAUUUUUCAUCGCAAGAUUCAGGUUAAGAUGUUGCGUGUAGAAAUAAGUUCUAUAGAUAUUCCGAAACUAGGCCACAUAACCAACGACUAACAAAACUGGGGCGUUUUUAGUAACCACCCCCUACCACCCCACCUACUCCUAAGAGGCUUUAUCUUACACAGUAAACAGCGAGGGUUCGCAACUCGGUCGGCAGAGUGUUCGAGAUGCCGGAAUUUGCUUGAAUCUUAUUCUUAGUCCUUUAUAUUUACAUAUGAUGAAAGUUUUGCUAAAGGAUUUUGUGAAUCUAAGUAAAUUUAACGAAUAGUGUUCAACUGAAAAAUCAAACAUACUCUUUCUUAUAUUGUCA